AUGAUUGGUAGCUUGGACUGUAUGCACUGGACAUGGAAGAAUUGUCCAACGGCAUGGCAAGGAGCUUUUCAGGGAAAAGAGAAGUGUUCGACGGUGAUCUUGGAAGCCGUGGCUUCUAAGUCGUUAUGGAUUUGGCAUGCAUUCUAUGGCAUGCCUGGCGCCAACAAUGAUUUGAAUGUACUCGAGCGUUCACCUUUGUUGAAUGACCUGGUAAACGGUGUUGCUCCCAGGAUUUCCUUCACUGUGAAUGGCGCGACGUACAAUCAGGGAUACUAUCUUACAGAUGGAAUUUAUCCUGCCUGGGCAAUUUUCCAAUCCAGUAUCAGUGCGCCCCAAGGCAACAAGCGUAGAUGUUACGCUGCCCAGCAGGAAGCCGCUCGCAAAGACGUUGAACGCACAUUUGGAGUAUUACAACAACGCUUUCGAAUUCUUGCCCUGCCCUGUAAACUAUGGAGUGUCGAUGCAAUGAAUGAUGUAAUGCUAGCAUGCAUCAUCCUCCAUAACAUGAUUGUGGAAGACGAGCAGCGAAUUACCUCGCUAAAUCAUCAGUACCUGUUUGAAGAUGAAUGGCUUCACUAUGAAUUAAAAACGGAUUUGAUCGAACACGUAUGGCAGUGCUACGGUGAUCUCGGCUAG